AUGCCUUUAGAAUCUGUGACGCCCUUUGGCCAAAUAAAGAGUAAGUUUGUGGUGCAAUCCACUCUCAAUGACCUGCCUAAUGUAGAAAACGUAAAGAAAGAGCAUGAUCAUGAGAUUUCAGAGGAUGACAUCGUAAAGAGGAUUAUUGCAGCAGGUCCUUUUACCACAACUGACAACUUGUUCUUUGAACCUCUAACUGAGCUGCUAGCAUAUGCACAAAGAAAGCAGCCUCAGUUGCUUUUAUUGCUGGGACCAUUUAUUGAUUCUGAACAUCCAGAGAUUAAGAAAGGAGCAGUAAACAGGACCUUUGAUGAAAUGUUUCGUCUUGAAAUCCUUGGAAGGCUUCAAGAUUAUGUGGAAUAUAUGGGUUCUACUGCACGUGUGAUUCUCGUGCCAUCUAUACGGGACGCAAAUCAUGACUUUGUUUUCCCUCAGCCUGCUUUUGAUAUUCAGCAAGUCGAUCUCAAACAUCAAAUAAUCAGUCUUACAAAUCCGGGGAUUUUCAGUGCAAAUGGGAUCAAGGUACGUUGCUGCACUGUGGAUAUUCUCAAACAACUUAGCGGAGAGGAGAUCUCACGGAAUCCAUCUGGGGGAUCCAAGCAGCGCAUGAAUAGACUUGCAAAUCAUCUACUUAGCCAGCAUAGCUUCUAUCCUCUAUACCCACCAAUGGAAGAUACUCCUGUGGAUUUUUCUCUCGCUCCAGAGGCUCUUCAGAUCCCUUGUAAUCUAUAUAUCCUAAUCCUAUCCUCUGACUUGGCUCAUUUCGUGAAGGUGUUGUCAAUUGGGGAUAAAAAUGACGGAGAAGAGCAAGCGAAGUGCAUUUGUGUUAAUCCGGGAAGACUGGCUAGGGGCGAAGGAGCGGGUUUCUUCGUGGAGCUUAACUACGAGGGAAGCCCUGAUUCAACCAGUGCUUCAGUUAUAAGCAUAUGGACCUUAAACUACCGCGUGCAGUGAUUCAACAAGUGCUUCAAAAAAAAAGUAAACCCUAAACUUAUAGAGCUUGCAGUUGCAAAUGAUAUCAGUUUGUUUGGAAGCAAACUAGGGACCUAUCAUAGUGGACACCAAAUUCUAAUGGAGGAGCUUAGCACCAUGAAGACUGUUUAGGGAGUGCUGUCAUGUAGUACUAGUUUCACAUCACAAUUAAGGUGAUGUUACUAACAUGAUGUUCUAUUAAUGUAUUAUUAUUGUCUUUUCAAGGUGGCAAUGAUUUCGCUCUUUACCAACCAAAAAAAGAAGGGAAAAGGAAAAGAAAAGAAAAGUCGUUUUUGGUUGUGUUUUUGUUUUCUUUUAUUUUUGCUUUUCAUGUUUUAAGAAAUACAAGCAAUGAAAAGUUUGACAAUCAUUUUUAUUUUGCA